AAAGAUGAGACGAGGGGUUGGGGGGGGGUCGGCGGAGGAGGAGGAGGACGACGAGGAGGAAGAGAAGGAAGAGGAGGAGGAGGCCGAGGAGGAGGACAAGGAGGAUUCGGGGGAGGAGGAGGAGGAGGAGGAGGAGGAGGAGGAGGAGGAGGAGGAGGAGGAGGAGGAGGAGGAGGAGGAGGAGGAGGAGGAGGAGGAGGAGGAGGAGGAGGAGGAGGAGGACGACGAGGAGGACGAGGAGGACGAGGAGGACGAGGAGGACGAGGAGGACGAGGAGGACGAGGACGAGGAGGAGGAGGAGGACGAGGAAGAGGAGGAGGACGAUGUGUAGGAGGAGGAGGAGGAGGGGUAG